GUCAUCCAUAACUACACACAUUCACAUAAAUGUUACAGGUCAAACGCAAAAUGUUCCACCAGCUCGCCGCCCACAUCCUCCGCAACCCCACAACCACCGCCGCCGCCGCGACCACAACUACUACUACAACUAUUCCUAUAAUCACUUUUAUUAUUACUACUACCAUUAUCAUCUAAUCAAAGUAUUUCCAUAAUAAAAACAUAUUUCUCUUUAAAAAAAGCUCAUAUAAACAAACAUUGAUAAUAAUAAUAAUAAUAAUAAUAAUAAUAAUAAUAAUAAUAAUAAUAAUGUCUACAAUGGGAAUGAUGAUGUAUCAACCAAUGCCUGCUUUCAAAAGCUCUAAUUCACUCUCGAAUAACACUUCUUCUACUUUCCGAUUUCUGCAUUACAAUUCCAACAAUGCUACUCGUACCAGGAGCACAAGAUGGGUGUCCCCAAAUGCAGCUGUCAUUCCCAAUUUCCAUCUACCGAUGCGCAGUUUUGAAGUUAAGAACAGGCCUUCUACGGAUGAAAUCACGUCUCUUAGGCUGAUAACUGCAAUCAAAACCCCAUACUUACCGGAUGGGAGGUUCGAUCUUGAGGCUUAUGAUGCCUUGGUGAAUAUGCAGAUUGAAAACGGAGCUGAUGCUGUUAUUGUUGGUGGUACUACUGGUGAAGGCCAGUUGAUGAGCUGGGAUGAGCACAUCAUGCUCAUUGGCCACACCAUCAAUUGUUUUGGCAGUUCAAUUAAGGUCAUAGGGAACACUGGAAGCAACUCAACCCGAGAAGCUAUUCAUGCAACUGAACAAGGUUUUGCAGUCGGAAUGCAUGCUGCUCUUCACAUCAACCCAUACUAUGGGAAAACCUCAAUUCAAGGCAUGCUUUCUCACUUUAAAUGUGUUCUUCCUAUGGGCCCAUCAAUCAUUUACAACGUGCCAUCCCGAACGGGCCAAGACAUUCCACCAGCUGCCAUCCAAGUUCUUGCUGAGAACGCCAACUUAGCAGGAGUGAAGGAGUGUAUGGGACAUGACAGAGUAGACGAGCAUACAAAAAAUGAUAUUACCGUAUGGAGCGGAAAUGACGAUGAGUGCCACGAUUCCAGGUGGGACCAUGGGGCUACAGGAGUAAUUUCAGUUACUAGCAAUUUGAUCCCGGGCCUGAUGCGAGAUCUCAUGUAUGAAGGUAAGAAUGCAUCCCUUAAUGCAAAGCUUUUGCCUUUGAUUCAAUGGCUCUUUUGUGAACCCAACCCAAUUGGGUUAAACACUGCUCUAGCUCAACUUGGAGUUAUAAGACCAAUAUUCCGGUUACCAUAUGUACCCCUUCCUAUGAGUAAAAGGGAGGAGUUUGUUAGUAUGGUUAAGCAGAUUGGGCGGGAACACUUUGUUGGUGACAAAGACGUUCAGGUUCUUGCUGAUGAUGAUUUCAUUUUAGUGGGUCGAUAUUAGUCAUUAGUUAAUCGAAUAGUUAUGAUUUUAUUUAAAAUUUCCUAGUGUAUGGUUUCAGACAAGAUUGUGUUUCCUCGGAACCUGAACUUAUAUUUUAACAUGUUUCCUGCUAUAAAUGUUUUUUGUUUUUCA